CUGACAGACUCUCCCACAACAACAGGACGGUAAAUAAAACCAGAGCGAUUUGACAAGAGGGAAAAUUUAACAAACAAGAGGAGAAGUGAGGGAAGAAGACAAAAACCCCUGCAGAGGAUUUAAAGUGAGGAAGGAGAAACUUGUUUGGCAGGUUCUUCUGUGAGGUAAUUUCCUCCUUGGUCUCGACUUGGGACACUUUGCAUGCAGGACAGGACAGACAGACAGAGACAGACAUGGCAAACGGCACGUUGCAGAAGAUCGAGGACUGCGAGGCCACGCACACGAAGCUCUACAUCUUCUACGCGUCCGUCAUGAUCGUGAUCUUCAUCCUGGCGCUGCCGCUCAACGCCUCUGUGCUGCACCUCUUCAUAUUCAAGCUGAAGUUCUGGAAGUCCAACAGCAACAACAUCUUCCUCUUCAACCUGGUGCUGGCCGACAUCCUGCUGCUCUUCUGUCUGCCCAUCAAGGCCCACAACUUCAUCCUGGGCGAGCGGCGCAGCGGCAACGACGUGGUCUGCAAGGCCAUGCUCUUCAUGCUGUUCCUGAACCGCGGCGCCAGCAUCGCCUUCCUCACCGUCACGUCCAUCCACCGCUACUUCAACGUGGUGCAUCCAGGCAAGAAGAACCUGCUGCGCGUACUGAAGAAGUCGCCGCACAUCUCCGUCCUCAUCUGGCUGCUGCUGCUGCCGCUCACCAUCCCCACCAUGCUCAAGACCUUCGAGUGCUGCAACAGCCACAGGAACGAGGAGGACACCUUGAUCAAGGACGUUGUGGACAGUCUGCGCGAGGCCGUCUUCUUCACGCAGAUCCUCAUCCCCUUCGUCAUCCUCAUCUACUGCACAGUGCGCAUCGUCAACCGCCUCAGGAAGAAGACGAUCGGCGACAAGACCAAGCUGAGGCGGGCGGUGUUCCUCGUCACCUCCGUCAUGGUGGUCUUCUCCCUCUGCUUCCUGCCCUGCACCAUCGCCAGGAUGGUGCUGCUCAUCGUGCGUGUGCAGGACUCCAGCGCGUACGUCCAGGACAAAGCCACGCUGGCCUUCGACGGCCUCAUGGUCCUCUCGUACGUGGACUGUCUCCUGGACCCGCUGGUCUACUGCUUCUGCAGCACCAAGUUUAAAGGCCUCUACAUAUCCAACUACUUCCCGUUCCUGGUGAAGGGCGACCCGAUGACGGUGGACAGCUCGACGGCGAACACGACGAACCCGGCGCGCAACAACAAAGUAAUUUGAAGGUCGUCGUGGACGAGAAUCCUACCUGAGACUCUCAGAGUUUCCCCCCACGCUCACAUGGACUAAUUUUUACAAACGGGGGCCUCUGAAAGUAACGUGAAGACAAGCUGCGCAGUUCAAAACGGCUCCUGGCACAAAUUUGUGCGAGGAACCUAUUGUUAUCCUUCAGAUUAUAAUUGUUUUAUUAUAUCGGUGGCUUUUCCUGUCAUUUUUGAGGGCGUUAACGUGCAUAAAAACUCUUGAAACU